AUGAGCCGACUAUUCAGCAGUCCCGACCCCCAGGAGACCAUCUCUUCGUUUCCAAGCGGGAAGGCCAUCCAAGUCCAGGAGGUCAUCGGUUCUGAACCGGUCAGCGAGCCGGCCAUGAAUCGACGUAUCAACCGGAAGAUGGACAUAGCGCUACUCCCUCUUCUUUCCCUUCUUUAUCUUUUCAAUGGCCUUGACAGAGGAAACGUGGGAAAUGCUCAGACUCAAGGCUUUACCACGGACAUCGGAGCUGUUCCAGAUGAUCUCAACCUCUCAGUAUCUCUAUUCUUCAUCACUUUUGUUUUGUUUCAGCCCCCUUCCGCAGCUGUUGGUCGAUGGCUGGGGGCGAAGCACUGGAUCCCCAUAAUGAUGGUUGGUUACACAAGCAGGAACCAAGCCCAAAACCCGAACCCAAAUUCCCUAACGAACGAACAGAUAUGUUGGGGAUUCAUUACCUUGGUUCAAGCAUUCAUCAAAGGCCGAGGCGCUCUCAUUGCCACCCGCCUCCUGAUCGGCGCUUUCGAAGCAGGUUUUUAUCCUACGGCUGUGGCCUACCUCUCUUUCUUCUACAGUAGAUACGAUCUUGCUGUCCGAGUCGGUCUUUUCUACGGACAAUAUGCGGUUGCUGGUGCUUUUUCUGGGGCAAUUGCCUACGGAGUCUUCCAUCUGCGCGACGGUCCUUUCAAAAACUGGCAAUAUCUGUUCAUAAUCGAAGGAACUCUGACAAUCUUCUUCGGCCUCUUCGCAUGGUUUCUGCUGCCAUCUGGUCCCGGAUCAGCCUGGUUUUUGACCCUGGAAGAGCGCGAAUUCGCAGCGGAGCGGAUGAGACAGGAGAACGCAUUGUUCGUCGAGCACACAUACGGCCAGAACGGAAUCGAGAACGAUAGACUGAAGAAGCGAGAUUUUAUCGAAACAUUCAGAGACUGGAAAUUUUGGUAUGUUCUAGUAUUUAACAUCUGCGCCAGCGUUCCGGGGCAGGCGUUCUCGGUGUUUCUCCCGCUUGUCGUCCAGGGGCUCGGAUACUCGUCCAUCGAAGCAAAUUUGAUGUCUGUUCCACCGUACGUUUGCGGCGCGCUCGGUCUAUACUUAUUUGCACUGAGCUCAGACUAUCACAAGGAACGUGGCUAUCAUAUCGUGGGCGGCAUUGUCAUUGCACUUGUUGGCUUAAUCGCAACGGUCACCGUCGAGUCACACGCCGGAAAAUACGCGGCGCUCUGUGUGCUCCUCCUUGGUAGCUAUAUUGCUGCGCCUUUGACAGUUGCUUGGUUAAGCGGAAACAAUCCAGAACCCGGCAAGAGAUCCCUCAUCCUCGGCGUAAACGGUUUCGGAAACCUUUCUGGCGUUAUUGGCGCGCAGCUGUACCGCGAUCGUUACAAGCCGAACUACAAAUUACCCUUCUACGUGACCUUGGGUUUCGUGGCGGUGGCGCUCGUUGGAUAUAUUUCAUUCAGGUUCAUCUUGGUGUCUAUCAAUCGCAAGAAGAUUCAGAUAAUGCGACAUAAAACCCAAGAAGACAUCGAGAGGGAACGUGUUGACAAUACACGAUAUGCCGACACGAAGUGGACAUUCAUCUAUGGUCUUUGA